CCUACAAAGUUUCUAAAGAACUAUAAAACAAGCAUGUUGUUCUUGGACUAUCUUGAAGGUAUUUUUCAAUUCACACUGAAAUCAGAUUUCUUGUUCUUUUUAGAAUGUUCUAGUACCAUUUUUUCAAUAGUUUAAUUCAUGAAUUUGAGCUUUGUAAGAUUUUUGGGGUAAUUUAGGAUAUACUAAAUUUCUCCUGUCUCAUUGUUAUGAAACUCAAUUAGGCUAAACAAUGCUGGUAUGUGAUAGUUGUCAAAGUGAUUUCUUCCAUUAGGCUUUAAAUGAGUCGAGCUUAAUUGGCUUAAGGUCAGCUCAAGCUCGGUCAAAAUUGGUUACAUUGAGCUUUUUUUUUUAAUAUUCAAUUCUAACUUCAAUAACUUGACUUUGGGUUGGUUUAUCUUGAAAUUGAGAUGAGUUCAAGCUUGCCAAGCCAAAAGCUCAUUUAAAGCUGGACUUAUGUAUUAAACAAUAAAUAUUAUGCUUCAUGCACUAUGUGCAGUUUUUGUUUCCUAACAUUAAAUCAUCUAUGAAGGUUAGUGUACAUCUAGAUUAGCAGUUACUAAAUUUCGGUCAGCACCUAUAUAUGUAGACUUUAUGAGGCAGUGGAAUGUUGGUGUUUAUUUCUCACUGAGUUUUCAGGAAAUUGCGGGCACUCUGGAUUCUGUCCUUACAGUUGGUAGUAUUACGUUUGUUGAUGAUUUAAAUGACAAUGGAGGGAAAGACCAUAAGCUCCUGAUGAGGCAAAGCGUUGCCUUGAUGGAAAGCUUGAGAUCCUGCUGGAAUGAAAAUGUGAUUGUUUUUUCUUCUACUGAUAAGUUCCUUAGAUUGUAUUUGCAACUUAUUUCGAGGCUCUCAAGUUGGUUGUCUUCUGGUCUGGAAGCUCGGAAAGCACACCAUUUGAGCUCAAAUUCUACAACAAACUCGGCACAUGGCAAGCUGAGCCUGGCGUUGUUGGUCAGACUGUCAUCACCGCUGUCAAGGCAGGCUACAGGCAUAUUGAUUGUGCACAGACUUAUGGAAAUGAGAAUGAGAUUGGUUUGGCUUUAAAAAAGCUGUUUGAUGAUGGAGUGGUGAAACGUGAAGUACUAUUUAUAACCUCCAAACUUCGUUUGCAGGUGUGGUGAUCAUGAUCCAGAAGAUGUACCAGAGGCACCGGAAGCAACCUUGAAAGACU